CUAGGUGAACAAAAUUGUCAAGGAGAAACUUUGAAAGGUGUAAAGUAACCCGAUUUAAAGGCCCCCCUCCCCCCUCUCCUUAUCUCCAGUUUCCUCUCCUCACCUCCUGUCAUUAGAACAGCCUGCACCAGAAUUCAGGGUUUUCGGAGUGUAGCCAUGAAUCCGACAGCUCCUCUGCUGCUUCUCACGGCUUGUGCGGCCAGUGGUGCGCUGCUGCCCAAGGCCGUAUGGCAGUUUGGACAGAUGAUCCCUUGCGUCCAGCCUGGCGUUAACCCCCUACAGUACAACAAUUACGGAUGCUGGUGCGGCUUCGGGGGGAAGGGAAGACCUCUGGAUGAAUUGGACAUGUGCUGUGAAGUUCAUGACAAAUGCUAUCAAGCAAGCAGAAAGGCUCCAGGGUGCACGGCUAUUGCGGACCUUCCCUAUGUUCUCGUUUAUGACUUCACCUGCUCAAACCAACAAGUGACCUGCUCAGCAACCAACAAUAAGUGCCAGGCUGCCGUGUGUGAGUGUGACCGGGUGGCGGCUCACUGUUUUGCUCAGUCCACAUACAACCCUGAAAACAAGAACGUUGAUCCCAAAGUCCAGUGUGUCGACUAAGUUAUACAACUCCCCCCCCUCCCCCCCACACACACACAAAAAUGUGGGAUUUCUAACAUAUUUCUGUAACAUUACUAAUUUCUUUAUAAUUGUUUUGACACAUAACCGGAUGUAAAAGGCGUCUGAUUUUUUACAAAGACAUCAGUUUGAAAUAAAACAGGCAAGUGAGA